AAAACCAUAAUAAGCUUUCUGUACUCUCUCUCUUUCUCUUUUAUAUACUCACACGUCUCUUCUCUUCCAUAUUCCUUGUAGAUUGCUUCUGUCUUUGUCUCUCUUUCUCUUCCAUUUUGUGUGAUUCUUAUAUAUGUUUUGCAUUUUCUUUCCUCUAAUGACCCAUUAAAAUUCUUCUUCCAUCAAUAUAUAAUACUCCUCAAUUUUCCUAUAUUUUCCUUUCUUGUACAUCUCUUUAUCCAAACAUGUCAGCUGCCAUCGCCGCCGCUUCUGCCGCUGCUGGCAAUGGGAGUUCUUCAAGAAAUGAUAAUAUAUCCCCAGCAUCGCCAUCUCCUCAACCACCGCCAAUAGCACCGCCCUCACUUCCACUGAGUCGUUACGAAUCUCAAAAAAGACGUGACUGGAAUACUUUCGGUCAAUACCUAAGAAACCACCGGCCACCUUUAGCUCUGUCACGGUGCAGCGGUGCUCAUGUUCUUGAAUUUUUAAGAUAUCUUGACCAAUUUGGUAAGACUAAAGUGCAUAACCAAACUUGUCCAUUCUUUGGCCACCCUCAUCCACCUGCUCCUUGCCCUUGCCCACUUAAACAAGCUUGGGGUAGCCUUGACGCGCUCAUCGGACGGCUGAGAGCAGCUUUUGAAGAGAAUGGUGGCUUGCCUGAGACUAAUCCGUUUGGUGCACGCGCCGUCAGACUUUAUCUUAGGGAAGUGAGAGAUGCACAGGCCAAAGCUAGAGGAAUAGCUUAUGAGAAGAAGAAGAGAAAGAAGCCACAACCUCAACAACAGUUACGAUCUGAAAAUGGUUACAAUAAUCAAAGUCUGCAAGCUGGUGGCGCCGGUGGUGGAUUUGUGGUUGAAAGAAAUAUGAUAAACAGAGGUGUGGUUAAUAUGGGGAAUUUGUCUGUAUUGAACUAAGAUUAUUCCUCAUGUAGUGAGUAUGUUUUAGGGUUUAUGUUUUCUAGUGUUGAAUGGUAAUUAUUUUCUUUUUUUCUUUUUUUU